GAAAAAAAUUAAAUUUUGUCAUGGUGUUUGUGGAAAAAUGUAAUUCUUUUAUUAUAUAUUUUUUUAUUUUUAAAUACAAUAAACUAUUGUCAUUCUAUUAAAACAAAUCAUCAGCUAAAUAUAAAUUAUAAUAAAUGUGAAGAACAAAUAAAUAUGAAAUAUGUUUAAAAUACUUAAUAAUAUUUAUGGCUAUGGAAAUCGGUUUCCAAUUCUAACCUCUAGAAAUUUUUCUCAUCAUAAAGGAUUAUUAAAAGAUUAUAAUAAACUUUCUGAAAAUAAAUUAAAGAAACAAGAGAAGACAAUAGGAAAAUUCAAAGAGGUAUGGCAAAUAAAUCAUAUGAAUUUGAUGAAAAAAUAUAAAAUUUAUAUUAAUAAUAUGAUACAACAAUAUGACAAUAAUAUGAAUAAUGUAGAAAAACGUUUUCCAAAAAUGAAAAUUAUGAGGGUUUUCAAUACAGGACUUAAGGAUAUUUAUCAAGAUAUAAAAAAAUAUAUUUCAAUAAAAAAGAAAAAAAAAUUAAAUGGUAUACAAUCAUUGACAAGAGAUGAAAUUGAAUUAAAUUUUAAAUUACCGAGAGAUUUAUUAAAAGUAUCGCCAGUCUUAAUAAUAUCAGCGAUACCAUUCACUAAUUAUAUUGUAUUUCCGUUGAUUUAUUUUUUUCCACGUGUAUUUUUAGUCUCAUAUUUUUGGACAAUACAACAGAGACUUGAUUAUUUUCUCUAUAAUUAUAAACGAAAAUUGAAAUAUAAUAAACCAGUUUUACGAUGUUUACAAGCACAAAAACGUGAGAUUUCACAAUUACAUAGAAUACGAUGGAAUGGUAUUAUUGCAAGUCUCGGAAGUGGUACACAUCCGACAAUUUCAGAUCUUAUUGCAUGUAAAGAAUUAUUCAAGGGACAUCCAUUUUCAUUGAAUUCUCUUAAACGCAAUCAUAUAAAUGAAUUAUUAGGUUUACAUACAAUGUCUCGAUGGAUGCCUUUUAGAAGGAAAAGAUUAUUAAAUAGAGGACUUUUAAUAAAAUCAAUGGAUAUUGCCAUUCAAAAAGAGGGUGGUGUUACAAAAAUACCAAUUGAAGCUUUAAAAUGGGUUGUAUCAUUUCGUGGUUUAAAUCCAGUAAAUAUGUCAACUGAAUCAAUGCAAGAGUGGCUUGAUCAAUGGCUCAUUAUAUCAUCCGAAGUCGAUAAGACAAGUAUUUCAUUACUUCUCCAUUGUCCUGUAUUAUUGGCAUACAAUCAUCCUACAAACUGGACUUUAUUAUAUCGUAAAGUGUAAAAUACCAUAAAAAGAAAGAAAGAGAGAGAGAAAAAAAAUAACAAAUUUUGACAUGACAACAAUUUUUCAAUUGUAAAAUAAAAUUAAUUUCCUAUUUAAAAAAAAAACUGCCUCAAAUGAUUGACAAAAAAUUAAUAUUGACAUUGUACAUAAUUUAAAUAAAAUAAUAAAAAAGUGUGUGAAUUAAACAUUUUUUUAUUUUAUAAAAGAAAAA